CAACGAAGCGCUGAACUAAGAUACAAUGAAAGGUAUCAACUCACUUCUUUUCAAUGGUUGCGCCUCUGCAAAACCUUCCUGACUGUUUAUCGAUGUCGUCGACGUUUUGACAUUGGAGAGUCGUCGUUUUGCCUCAGAUUUCUUCUGAAAUCGUGUUGGAGUAUGCGUUGA